AUGUUCGGAAUCCCGAAAUAUUUUGGCUUUAGAGGCCGAGCCCUCAAUAUGGCCAUUAGUUCUCUCGGCAGCCUUGAUUUCUUACUUUUUGGAUAUGAUCAGGGUAUUACCGGUGGUCUACUUGAUCUACCAUCCUUCAACAAGUACUUUCCCGAUAUUUUUCUGGACCCAGAGCUCGAGAAGAGCAACUUGCCGCUCUACCAGCAACGCUCAACAUACCAGGGUAUUACCGUUGCGGCCUACAAUCUGGGUUGCUUCCUAGGCGCAAUAAUUACCAUCUUUAUCGGGAAUCCUCUUGGUCGUCGUCGUACCAUCAUGAUUGGCUGUCUCACCAUGGCUACCGGCGCCCUUUUACAAAGUACCGCGUUUCAGCUGCCACAUUUCAUCGUAGGUCGGAUUAUUACAGGUAUUGGCAAUGGCAUCAAUACUAGCACCGUUCCUACUUGGCAAUCCGAGUCUGCGAAAUCGUCCGAUCGUGGCAAGCUUGUCAUGAUUGAGGGUUCGCUCAUUACCGGUGGCAUUGCACUAAGCUACUGGAUCAAUUACGGCUUCGCAUUCAUUGGCGAAAAGGAGGUUGCCUGGCGCUUUCCAUUGGCUUUUCAGAUCUUGUUUGCGGUAGUCAUCUUUGUCUCCAUCUCUAAUUUACCAGAGUCCCCGCGAUGGCUCGUCAUGGCAGGAAAAGACGACGAGGCACUUGAAGUUCUCGAGGCCUUGAAUGAGAAGCCACGAACAGACUUCAUCAUCCAAAAGGAGUUUGACGACAUUAAAAUGACUGUGGUCGAAAUGUCCAAGGGCUCUUAUCGCAGUCUUUUCGACAUGAGCGAGUACCGCGAGUUCCACCGAGUGGUUCUAGCCUAUGUCAAUCAAAUGUUUCAACAAAUAUCUGGCAUCAAUCUCAUCACCUACUACGCGCCGACACUCUACAGCAAAGUUGGCCUACAAGGCAAUAACAUAAACAAGCUUCUCGCCGCGUGCAAUGGCACAGAAUACCUGCUUGCUUCCUUCAUUCCGAUCUUCAUCGUUGAAAAGACAGGCCGACGACCACUAAUGCUAUUCGGAGCCGUCGGUAUGUCUGUGUCCAUGGCUGUUCUUGCGGGUUGCAACUGGCGAUUGGAAAACUUGCAAGACACGCGAGCUGGUAUUGGCCAAGCCGUGUUUCUUUUCGUUUUCAACUCAUUCUUCGCUAUUGGCUGGCUCGGCAUGACUUGGCUAUAUCCUGCCGAGAUUGUGCCCUUGAAAAUCCGUGCACCAACAAAUGCAUUGUCGACGAGUGGAAACUGGAUUUUCAACUUCAUGGUCGUUAUGAUUACACCUGUUGCUUUUGCGAAUAUCGGUUAUAAGACCUACGUCAUUUUCGCAGUAAUCAACGCCUUCAUGGUUCCCUCGGUCUAUUUUUUCUUUCCCGAGACUAAACUUCGAUCGUUGGAGGAGAUGGACGCCAUCUUCAAGAAGUCUUCGAGCGUAUUUGAUGCAGUAUCCAUUUCGUUAAAAGAGCCUUAUCGCUACGACAAGCAUGGGCGGCUUAAGCCAGAGUACUUUGAGGAGGCCGCGCACCACGAGUACCAGGAAAAGUCUCCAAGUUCUGGCGACGAGAACACUAAUGUUUUCGUGGGAAAGACGUCGCCCUAG